UCAGCCUUGAUCUCUGAGCUGGAAGCGCAGAGUCAGUUUUUGUAGACAGCGAAGCGCUUCGAGUGUUGAAGGUUCAAAUCCCGGAGGUUAAAAUGAAGAUCCUGAUGAUCCUGAUGAUCCUGGUGGUCCUGGGAAUCCAGGAGGCGGCCGCAGUGACCCACUCUAUGAAGUAUUUCUUCACUGCAUCCUCUGAAGUCCCAAACUUCCCACAGUUUGUGGAAGUUGGGAUGGUUGAUGAUGUUCAGAUGGUUCACUAUGACAGUGACACAGAGAAAGAGGUGCUCAAACAGGACUGGAUGAUCAAAUACACAGCAGAGGAUCCUCAGUACUUGGAGAGGAACACUGGGAUCUAUCUGGGUGCCCAGCAGACGUUCAAAGCCAACAUUGAAAUUGCAAAGCAGCGCUUCAACCAAACUGGAGGUGUUCACAUUGUUCAGCGGAUGUACGGCUGUGAGUGGGAUGAAGAGACUGAUGAGCUGAAUGGAUUUAUGCAGUACGGUUAUGAUGGAGAGGACUUCAUAUCACUUGACCUGAAGACACAGACGUGGAUCGCUCCUAAUCAGCAGGCUGUCAUCACCAAACAGAAGUGGGAGAAAACAGCUCUGGCUGCACGGCAGAAGAACUACCUCACCCAGGAGUGUCCUGACUGGAUCAAGAAGUACCUGAACUAUGGGAGGAGCUCUCUGAUGGGAACAGUCCCUCCCUCAGUGUCUCUCCUCCAGAGGUCUUCCUCCUCUCCCAUCAGCUGCCACGCUACAGGUUUCCAUCCCAACAGAGCCGAGAUGUUCUGGAAGAAAAAUGGGGAGGAGCUUCAUGAAGGUGUGCACAAAGGAGAGCUCCUCCCCAACAAUGACGGGACCUUCCAGAUGAGUGUUGAUCUGGACCUUUCAGCAGUUGGACCUGAGGACUGGGACAGGUACAGCUGUGUGUUUCAGCUCUCAGGUGAGAAGGAGGACAUCAGCACCAAACUGGAGAAAACAGGAAUCAGGAGCAAUGAAGGAGGUUCUCUCUCCAUGAUCAUUCCUGUGGUUGUUGCUGUGGUCGUUCUCGCUGCCGUCGCUGUGAUCGGAUUCAUUAUUUACAAAAAGAAAACAGACAAACGUCCCCCGUCCCCUGUGGAGAAAUCUGAGGUUCAGGAACAAAUGCUUCCUAAAGCCUGAAGGACCAACAGCUCCUCUGCACUCAGUUUAUGGAUAAAUGCACUGAAACGAGAGGCGGAGCCUCGUUCUCCAUAAACUGGAACGUCACGGAUUAUUCAGGAAAUGAUGGAACUUUGGGGAAUCUGGUUGUAGAUGAUUAUUAAUCAAUAUUCAACUUUGAACAUGAGUCACAAAUGUUUAACAAAAACAUCAUAUCUGGAUCAUUUCUGUGCCCACCUGGAAAAAAAAUCACCUUUAAACAAUAAUGAAAAUAAUUUUACAGUCAGACUUAAACCUUCAUGAGUGAUAAUAACUAAUAAUGAUUAUCUUAUCAUCUUAAACAGAUCUGCUAUAUUUACAGUUUAGUGUUCCUGGUGUGGGGUUUCCUUAUAAAUCAAUAAUAAUAAAAAUGUGGACAUUCAUAAACAGAGGUAGUGAUACGUGCUUUCUGCUCUUCAUAGAUAUUCAGUCUACUGAUCAUUUAGUUCUUGAAGCUGCAGCUCAGCAACAAUCUGAAAAUCUCAGAUUAGAAAUAAUCUGAGAUUUUCCUCAUAAUUGUUAAACUUUGUAAACGUGAUGAUGAACUUUGUGCUCUGAGUCCUCCGGAGGAAACAGGAAACGAUGGAAGCUGAUUGGAUCCAUCAGCAACGCUUUGGACUCACAUUUGUUUCUAUGAUGUCUCUAAAUUAUCAGUUUAUUGAAUUCACAGUAAAUAUACAUGAAGUAAAAAAAAUUAAAUACUUGUUACCAUCGUUAUUAACGCGUCCAAAGAGCACAAAGUUUCUAAAUGUUGUACAUAUUUUACUUUUAUGUUUAAUUUUGACUUAAAGAAAUCUGGAUGAUUUUAACAUAAACAGGUUUUAUUUAGUGUGUGAAAUCAUAAAAAUGAUGUUUGUUCUCUUUUGUUUGAUUUAAGAGCUGUUUGAAUCUUUGUGAUAUUAAAGUUUCAGAUUGUGAAGUGUUGUGUGGGUUGUUGUUAACACACUGCUGACGUGUGUUUGUGGUUUUUCUGACUCCUCUGUAAAUGUUAAUCAGUGAUUAUCAGGUCACGUCUGCUGUUGGUUUGAUGAAUAUCAGUAAAUAUUCACUGAUGUUUCUUUGCUUUUCAAUAAAGUCCCAAUAAUCCAAA